UGGUUGGGUCAGGUCAGGUUAGAUCAGGAUUUUGCCAGAUGACAACACUCGGAGUGUUACAUUCUCAAUAACCGUUUAAAUCGAUCGUUAUUCAAAAUUAUGGAAUAUGUGGAAGAGGGUGAAACGCUAAAAGAUAAGAGCCAAUGCGCAAGCAUUCGCGCCGAGCUGAAGAUGUGUCUGCUUGAAAGCGAUUGCUGUAAGAUUUAUAAGCGUACACCCAGAGAAUGCCUUAAAACACAUGAUGGUACAGUGCCCGAUAAAUGUUAUGCUUUACGCAACACAUUUUUCGAAUGUAAACAUUCUCUGCUCGACAGAAGACGGAGAUUUAGGGGUCCCAAAGGAAAUUAGAAUUGCGAUAUAAGAUAUAUUUUAUUUCUUAUAUCUUAGUAAAUAAUUCAUGUUGACCGAAGUAUCACCAUUCCUGUUUGACAUUUCUCUAAGACGUUCUUGUAAAUGUCGGCAAACUGAAAUCGGGGAAUGCAAACGUAACUGGUGAAGGUGGGGAAAACAUAUGUAAUUUAAUAUUCAGAAGUGAUUUAUUAAUUAUUUCUCGUCAUAUAUUCGUUGUACACGAUUUUAAUAAAUGUAUCAUAUUUGCGAAGCAACAAACGCGCCGUACAAUUCACCGCAUUUGUCCUAUGUGUGUCGCGAUACAAUUCCCAUCGAAAACUCCUGUUUCCUCACAAGGUAAUCCUAACUCAGAAAUAUGAUGUUUCGUACGAUCGCGAAGUUACCUUGAAAAAGAUGUACUCCUGCAAAGAGCGAAAGUUCCUUCGUAGAUAAAAUGUGAAAUGCCGCGAAUCGCUUCUCGUAGAACAAAAGCGGUCGUAAUGUUGAAAUCCUUUCGGUAUAUUUUCGCGCCGUGAAUCGCAUGCGUUUGCAUUAAUAAUUUCGUAGAAAGUAGUGAUUUCGUACUAUGUACCAAUCUUUCUCCAAUAAUUCAGCAAUAUCAUUCAAAAGCAAAGUAAUAUUUAGCAGUCGAAUGAAUGAAAAUCAGCGGAAAAUCACCCGGCUCUUACGAUUCUCCUAAUAUAUGAUAUCCAGUCUUCUCUCUUAAAGUAACAUCGUGUUGAAUCCCUCCCCCCCCCUGCCAUUUUUCAUAUACAUGUGCGAAAUAUCGUGCGAAAUCCAAACGUAUAAAUCAGGGAUUCGGACCGAAACCGAGACCGAAAACCGUUUACGUAUGGAAACCGGUAUUUUUGUCGGACUGGAACCGUAAAUUGUACCGAAAUUUUAUAAAGUCUACAGAGCCGAAAUCGAAAUCGGAACCGUUACAUUUUUUCUUGGUUUGCGGUUUUUUUCGGUUCUUAUUCUGUGAUUUUAAAUAAUCGUUUUUUUUUCAUUUCAUAAUAAAAUUCUGGUUCACACAAAAAAGAGAAUAUUGAUUAUCGCGACAACUAAAAGAUAAACUUCCAGCAUACGAUAUUCAACAGAAGAGGAUUAAUAGAAGAAGUAAUAUAUUACAAUUUUAAAGUAAAUAGAAAAACAAUCAAUCGUGAAUUGUACAAAUUACUCUAACGAAACAUGUAUAUUCUGAGAAAGAUCGGAGAAUAUCGAGAUAUUUUCUGAAUAUUCUCAUAAUCUACAUAAUUUACGUGUUCCGUUAGGCAGAGGUUACAAAUAAUGAGGAUGAUAUUAUAUAUCCAAACAAAUUAAGAGCAGAAAAUGGAAAUAGUGAAGAAAUGCCAUCUACAUCGAGGCAGUGAUAUUAUUAUUUUUUAUAAUAUAUUAUUGCACAGAUUAUAUAUAUAUAUAAUUUAAGGCAAUAAAAAUUUCAGUAAGGAAACUAAGGAAACUAAUUAUUAAUGGAACCGGAAAUGAAAAAAACCGCAAUUUAAAGCGGUUUGGUGGUAUUUUCAUUGUCCAGAAAACCGAAACCGGAACAUUUUUUAUUAAAUGUUUUAGCGGACCAGAAUCGGACCGAUAUUUUCAUUCGGUCCGAGUCCCUGGUAUAAAUAUACAAUGAAGAAAUGCGAAUGUAAUAACCAGGCAUGUUUGGUCGGUGCAGUUUGACCGUAACAAAUAUUUCUCUCCGCAGACGAUAUGCGUAUCGUAGACUAAAUACCAUUGGCCGAGCGUUUAAUGUAAUUACUGUAUCUCAGUUGCGCUUUUUUUUUAGUUUUCGCAUACACGGAUGCGCGUGUAUCGAACAUGAUACGCUUUGUGAUCACAGUAGAAUCGCGCGUAGAAUUUCUUCUUUUUUCUUUUUCUUUCGUCCCUUUUUCUUACAAUUAAGAAUACUUUGUUCCACUUUGUGUGUUCAGCGAGUAUGUAUCCGGCGAGUAUGAUAAGCACGCCGUGUUACACGGAUAUAUAUAUACAUAUAUAUAUCGUUAUCUUAUGAAAAAUCUAUCCAGAUGACGAUCACGCCUGCGCAAUCGCCCUAUAUUGUCUGUGUAUGCAACAAGCGUAUAUAUUGGCUGUACGAUUUUCUUUUUUUUUCUUUUGUCUUUUUUUCUCUUUUUCCUUUUUGUACUACAAUGCCGACUCACGCUACUCCUUCGCUCUCUAAAAUGGCUAUAGGCACCUAGAAAAUGGGAUUUGCAUAUAAGCUUUUCCCUCGCUCUACUUUCGUCUUUCUUGCAGAAAACCCAGGUAGGUUUUUCAACGUGGGUAAAGUACGAAUUCGUGAAUUAUCGUGAACGAAGUGGUAAUCGUAAGUGAAUAAUUUCCGCAAAUAUCUUUGCGAUAUUUUCCGUGAUAAGUUUCUUUCGAUAGAGUGAUUGGAAUUGUCAUUUUUUAAACAUGUAUGAAAUAAGAGGUAAAGAACGGUCUAAGAAGAAAAAGAG